AUGCUAUCACCAUUCUCAUCAACUAAUGACAACAAUGAUUCAAAUAUCAUUGAUUUACUGUAUAAAUUGUGUAGAGAAAAUGAAAUAGAAAAAGUUCGAAGUCUUUUACCAUUUAUUGGCAAUAUAAAUAUUAUAAAUAGAAUUGAAAAUUCAACUGGUUCCACAUGUUUACAUGUCGCAUGUUAUUAUGGUCAUCGAGAAAUGGUAGAAAUGUUAUUGGAAUAUGGAGCUGUACAUUCCAUAAGAAAUAUACGAUAUAAUUUAACACCUUAUGAGGAAGCUCAAACAGAUGAUAUAAAACAAUUGAUUUUAGAACAUCAAAAAUUAUUUUCAAAUAAUGACUAUGAUUAUAUUGAAUGGUCAGUAGUAGGCGAUGAUCUUCUUGGAAAACGACGUGAAUUUCGUCAAGCUAUCGAUGUGUACAAAACUUAUGAUAAUCAUCAUUUAAUAUCAAAACUAUUAGCUGAAGUUAUUCAUUACUAUUUAAAUGAAUAUCUGGUAAAUCAAAGUAAUGAUACUGGCAAUCCUGAAAAUCAAAUUACUCGUAAACAAAUUGAAACUAUUGAAACAUACUUUAAAGAAGCUAUAGAAAAACAAGAUUAUUUAACAUACUUUGUCAAAGCUUAUACAUUAACAAAUUUUUUUUAUAAAGUAUUAAAUAGAAAUUUAGCUCUAUAUAUAUUAGAAUAUUUCGAUGAAACAAAAAUGUUUUCAUCAAAUUAUCGUCUUGUAAAUUGUCUUGUUCAUAUUGUUACACUCUUAAUUUAUCAUCCAAAUUUACCUCAAUAUCAAUAUCAAGGUGUAUGUUAUCGUGGUAUGAGAAUAACACAAAAUGAUUUAGAUCAAUAUCAAUUAAAUCAACAUAUAUUAAAUCGUGCAUUUCUAUCAACAUCUAUUGAUCGACAAGUAGCUGCGAUGUUUGCUGGUGAAGAUCAACAAUCUUAA